AUGACGGCUCGCGCGACCGGACAACGCUUCAGACAGCGCAAGCUAUCGACAAAACAGAAUUUACCUGUCGUGCGCGAACAUGAGGUUGAGCAGCUUGCUGAUGACGAUGCGUCGCGCCAUAUUCCCAAGGUUGAGACCGGUGUUGAGAAGGGCGAGGAGAUUGAGCACCAUUUACAAGCUGUCAUAUCCGCCGCCCAGGCAGCAGCGCAAGGAGCGACUGGUGGGAAGAUUGCACAACUCUACAUCCCGACUCCGGAUGCUGUCGCGAGUACACUGCAGUAUGAAGAUGUCUAUCCAAAACGAUUCACGCAGCCCGCAACUUACAUUCGAUUUUCGUCUACCGUCGAAGAUACAUCUGGCUGUCCGUAUUGCAUGACCAGUGAUGAUGUCGCCUUUCUCAAGUCUUACAACCAAAAGAAGGGCAAGACCAACCACUGCUCAGAAGACGAGUUUGAAGAAGUGAUCAACUUCUUCGAAGAGACCACCGCGAUAAAACAACCGUAUGCAGCCGUCGACAACUCGCCUGUUCUUUCUUACGAGGAACUCGAAGCAGAGUUCGAUGAGACCAUCAGCGAGUCAGCGCGUCGGUUCGCACGAGAUAUUUACCCACAUUGGAAGAACCAACGGCUACUGAAAGGCAAUCGCCCGCUCAUGCCCUCAUUGAAGUUCGAGACGAACCUCGAGACCGAUGAUGCUGAUCCGUAUGUUUGCUUCAGGCGACGUGAGGUGCGGCAAGUACGUAAGACGCGUGGUCGCGACGCGCAAGUAACCGAGAAGCUGAAGAAGCUGAGGAAGGAACUGGAGGAGGCUCGUCUGUUGAUGUCGCAAGUCAAACGGCGAGAGGCAAUCCAAAGAGAACAACUCGCGACGGACAAGCUAAUCUUCGAACAACGGCAUGCUGUCAAGGAGCUUAAGCGACGACUCAGUAUCAAGGGUGAUGACGACGAGCUGCUCAUCACUCAGAAGCCUGCACCCAAGCCCAAGAGAACUGCCGAUGUCGAGAGACAGCGCCAGACGCUUCCUGGCAUGAAACCCACAAACACACGUCCAGACGGGCGCCUUGUUGACGGUGACAUCGUAUAUCUCGAGGAGCAGCAAGCCAAGCGCACCGAGGCCAUUGAUAGCUUCAUCGAAGACAAUCUGGUCAAACACCAGAAGUGGAAUGUGGGAUGGGUCGACGCAACAUGGCGGCCCAUUACACCCCCUCUGGAGCCACCCGCUGCGAAGUCGGACUUCCGUACGGUUUUCACGGAGAGUCAGCUUCCCACGCCUCCUGCAUCCGUAUCUGAUGGAGAGGGUGCUGAUGCCACAGCAGUGGUGCCGACGAGUAAGCAGACAGAUCCACGGAGAAGCACGCGUAUCCGUUUCGCCACUCCUCCAGAUGACGUUCCAUUCCACGAUCAGUCUCGGUUCCGUCGUAGAAUCGGUCGAGGUGGGCGCAUGAUGAUCGACCGACGAGGCGUGAAGCGUCAGAAGACCGAGCGGGUCGAUGAUCGCUUGGCAGACCGAUGGCGAUUCUCUGGUGAUAGCAGCGAGGAUGAAGAGACUUAUCCCGUUGAUUGGACUGACAACCUGCAUAUCAGAUACCGCAUCAUGAUCGAGCGUCAAGGCGAGAAGGCAGCGGCGCAGCAACCACCCGCAAAUCCCAAUCGCCGGUCGAUUGAGAACCAUAAUCGAUCUGCGUCCGGCCAUCUUCUUCCUCCUACACCAACAAGCGCGACAGGCGCAGGACCAGCGGGAAGAUGA